AUGGCAACUCAACUAAGUUUAUUAUAUUUAUUAGAUGUUGGUGCUUCCGAGAGGCCAAUCGAUUUUAUAAACGACUAUAGAGCAUCUUGGCUUUCUUUGGGUGUAGUAGGUGUUCUUGCAUGCUGUAAUGGUGACACAUGGGCAUCAGAAUUAGGCACAGUCUUCAGUAAAGAUGACCCGAUACUUAUAACAUCAUGGAGAAGAGUUCCGAAAGGAACUAAUGGAGGAAUAAGUCUCAUUGGAACAAUUUUCAGUACACUUGGAGGUCUUUGCAUAGGGAUAUCUCAUUAUUUAGCAGUACUUUAUUUUUCAGACAAAGGUCUUUGGACAUAUGGGCCACCGCAGUGGCCUUUAAUUUUAUUAGGUGCUUUAGCAGGAUUUUUUGGUAGCUUUAUAGACUCAGUUUUGGGGGCUACUUUGCAAUAUUCUGGUUUGGAUAAGGAUGGAAAAGUUGUAGCACAAUCAAAUCAAGCUGUUAAACACAUCAGUGGCAUAAGCAUAUUGGACAAUCACAGUGUAAAUCUUAUAUCGACUAUAAUCAUGGGAUUCAAAGGGGUGCUGUUCAUAAUGCUCUGGUCUGAACUG